GUCAUGACGCUCACUUUAGGGCCGGUUAAAUUGGGAGCCAAGCAAUUUCAGAAUAUUUCGAGUUGUAUGCGCAUAGCUUGAAGGGCAACCAUAGCCCAUCUAGUAUUGCGGCCCAAACAUCGCAAAAAAUUCCAGCGACAAGAUCACACAUUACAUAGAGCUUGAAAAGUAUUCAUUUCGGCAUUAUGGACAGUCUCCCACAAGAACUCCUUGAUGUUAUUGUAGACAAGCUCAGCCAAGAUCGCGAAUCUCUUUGUGCCCUUCAUUCCGUGUCGCGAUCGUUCAAAAGUCGUGUACAGGGCCAUCUCUUCCGAUCCAUUCGUCUCCCAGACGAGUCACACUUUCAUUCAUUUCUCGAGCUAUGCACGACUUCUCCAAAUAUUCUUGACCUCGUUCGGGAACUCCAGGUCACUGUUUCUAUUAACCCAUUAUCUCAACACGACGCAUCCCAGGCUCUUGCAAACCGUUCGCUACCCAACUUGCGUUCGCUUCAUAUAUAUGGUGGUCGUAGCAUAAACCCAAGACAUCCAUCUCGGGUGAACAUGCAUGGUAUCCCCCCUACUUUGCUAACCUACCCAAUCACGAGCCUCACCCUGGAAAACCUCAACAUCAGUUCUGCCCGACAUUUGCGCGAUAUCCUGCGGUCCUUUCCCGCUCUCCAAACUUUGGUGAUGAAUCAGGUUCGCGUUUGUGUAUCCAAGCCUUCAGCUCCAGGCCCGGUCUCUGAGGCUACAGAGCCUGAACAAAGUGGGCCGUUAAUAGAGAACCUGUCCAUCUCAUUCUCAAUCUCCAACCUGUGCGAUGUGAACACGCUCCUGAAGGCCGACGGAAAACCAUUUGUUCUUCGCAGAUUACGCAAGCUCUCUUAUUCCUGGCUCCGAAACUGGCACGGAAUACGCGAUCUACAGUUGCUCCUUCCUGAGACCAGGGGGACUCUCCAGGAGCUGCGUCUGCGCCAUAAAAACGUCAUUUAUGGCAAGCGACACGGCAGUGGAGAUAUCGUAGACUUCUCCCAGGUUCCUUGCGUAAUCUUUGAGCCACCCUGGGAUAGCGACUAUCAAAUCAUAGGACUUGAAUGGUUUGCGGAGUGCUUGAAACCUCAGGGAGACGGGCCGGCACGCAUCAGUCAAUUGUGCCUCUCGCUUCAUGUUCUCGAUUUCGAAGACCUCUCUAAUAGUUACAAACUCGUGUGUUGCUCUUUGGAUCGGGCACUCGCAGCUCAACGGUUUGUAUCGCUUAAAAAUUUCGAUAUCUCAAUUGUUGCUGUCGACCACCAACUCGAAGAUCAGCCAAACUGGCCAGAGUUGGAGUUGGCUAUCCUUUCUGCUUUUCCUAUCUUGCAUGAGCAGAAAAAGGUGACUGUGCAGAUAGCGGCCCCUUAAGGACCGUACGGGAGAAAGUUCACAAGCAGAUAUUUUACAAAUCAUUAAAGUCGUUACGUAUAGCAUGCGGCGAAAGAGACAUGUA